CUGAGCUAGCUCGCGAAGUUCACUGCCCCUGAUUAUGCCCCGUUUCUCUCAGACGGAGGGUGGUAGGGUGUGUCCAGCUUGUUCACCUGCUGGUGUGAGUUCAGCUGACACAGGAAGAUAUGCGAGAGUCUAGAGUUAUGAAUCCCUACAGGAGGGCAGGACGUCCCAUAUAAAGACAAAUAGUGCCCACAACUGCAGGUCCAGGUUUAGCAUUGUCAUGCCAUGCUGGAUCCAGAUGGCCUGAAAUAAACGGGGUGCCUGUAUUUCCCAGAUGACAUGGGGCCCAUGAAGGAAUGGAAUGUGGAAGGAGCUGAGCACGCUCACCCUCUUCGUAAGCACUGAACGGCCUUGCCCUUCCUUGUAGGCAGGAUGGGUAGUCUCUAAGGUCAACAGAGGCCUUGGCAACACUGGCAACACCCACAGCAACAGCCAGGAAGCAGGCCACCACCAAACAGAUCCGGGGCCAGAAUUCCUUUCCCCUAUGGAGGAUGUGGCAGCCCCAGGCCCCAGGCCAGGGGCCCCACUUCAAGUCACAGAGAAUGUUGUUCCAGGAACUGAGGACUGGUUGCCAAGAGUUUCUGGACACCCAGCCUGGGCUACCAACCUGGAGACAGAGUAUCAGACAGAUCCAGAGCUGAGUGAGAAGCAGCGGUUGCAGAUUUCCAAGGAGCUCGUUGAUCUUCAGAUUGCAACCCAUCACCUUCGUGAACAACAUGAAGCUGAAGUCUUCGAGCUGAAGAAGGAAGUUCUUCGACUGGAAAGCCGGGUGCUAGAGCUAGAGCAGCAUGGUGACUGCAAGGGACAUAGAGUCCAACCAGCAGCCAGUCCAGGGCACCACCAGGUGCCACCACAAGAGCCAUCAGGAGGACAGCAGAGGCUGCAGGAAGAAUUGAAAUGGGUCCUGGAGCAUCACAGAGUCAGGCAGCAGGCGCUGGAGACACGAGUGGCAGUCCUAGGCCAGCAGCUGCAGGGAGCCCGAGAGGAAGCCAGGACAGCUGGUCAGCGCCUGGCUGCCCAAGCCAUGGUGCUGUCUACCUGUCAGGGUCAGCUCCGGCAGGCUGAAGCCGAAAAUGCUCAGCUGCAGUUGCAGCUGAAGAAGUUGAAUGAGGAGUAUGCUGUCCGGCUGCAGCACUAUGCCAAAGAGACAGUGGAGACUGCCAACAGCACAGGUCGGGCAGCCCUUCAGUCGUUCCUGGAGGCCACUCUGCGGGACAUUCGGGCCGCACACCGAAGCCGAGAGCAACAACUGGCCCAGGCUGCCCGGACCUACCGCAAGCGCCUGGCAGAUCUGAGCCGGGGGCAGGAGUUGCUGCUAACCACCUGCAGGGCUACCUUCGCAACAGCCUUCGACCUGGAGCCAUUACCCAUGCACUGGGCCACCGACCUCAGCCACCAAAGGGAGAAUGAGUACGGCAGACGCAGGACACUGCUACAGCACCCCGAGAAAGGACCUGGCGAAACUUCCAAGGAUGGCAGGUCACAGCCACUGGCCCUGGAUACUGCAUCCUGGGCCCAAAUCCAGAAGAAGCUGCAGGACUUCUGCCAGGACACCCAGGCAGAGCUGGAACGAGAGCGGGCACAGCUGAUGGUCCGGGCCACCAUGGCAGAGCAGCAGCUCUCUGAGUUACAGGAGUAUGUGGACCAGCACUUGGGCAGGUACAAGCAGGAAAUCCAGAGACUGAGGAAGUUGGUGAAUACAGGAGACCGCCAGGAAGUAGAAGCCAUGCCUUCCACUAGGACCCAGCGCCCAAGGACCCGGAGUCACUAGCUAGCUAGUCUCCCCAAGACUACAAAUCAAACCUCUUCACAGCCAGCAUGGAACCCGCUGCACACCCCACCCCACAGAGCGAUUCCUGGAACAAACAAGAGUCAGGAUUGAAGCCUGUAUUGAGUCUUUAUUGUAUCUAGUCGGCCAGCCUGUCAAACAAGGGUUCCAGGGAUGGAGGUAGAACUGGACUCUGGGAUAGCCUUGGUGGACACCCCACAAGAAGACACAGCUGGCCCAGGACCAUGGACAUCAUAGGCCCAGACUCUGUCCAAGCCCUCACCCACCACAGCUACAGGCUGCCAGGUGGGAAGGGGGAAACGUCCAGACACCACACGGGCCCCUGCAGGUAGCUCUCCUUGCAGCUUGUCCUCCAGCAGUGGGAGCUGUAAGGAGAGAACAGGAGCGGGGAGGGCACAUGAGCAGGUAAGAAAAAGCUGCCCCAUCCAGCGAGGCCCAGAACCUAUUCCAGCCCUCAGAGCAGCCAAGAGCCAAGAGUGUGGCCCUGACCUCCCAGCAGGACAGCAGACCCAAGACCUACCACACUGGGGGCCAGGAACACAGACACAUUGUGACAGUCUCUGAGGCUCACCUGUGGGAAACAAAGAUCAAGGCUGGAAGGCAUGGGCUCACUGAGUUCUGGCCUCCGGCCUACCCAGGUAUCAGUGUGGUAGCAUUCAGAGCAUGAAACCCGGGAGAUGAAGGUAUCGGGAGCUGGGUUUGAUCUUCAGUUCUGCAUAAAUUUGGUCUGAUGGUGCAUGCCUGUAAUCCUAGCACUCAGGAGGUAGAGGCAGGAGUUCAAUGUUAUCCUAGGCUAUAUAGUGAAUUUGAGAUAGGCCUAACCUAGAGAUCUCGUCUCAAAAAAAAA